AAGAGGCUGAGUUUUUAAAUCGACCUCUUCUCAUCUUUCAUAGAGAAAGAACUUUUGGGGCAGACAGACUGUGGAAUAGUGUUCUAAAGUGACGGUUAUCGGUUCAGGUAUCAUUUUAUUCAUCAUUCUCGAAAAAGUAGAAACAAUUAAAAGGUUUCUUUCGGUCACAAUCAAGAGUUCUUCAAUGUCAAUGUCUUCUGAAAUCUAUGAAUUUGAUGGAUGUAUCUUCAAUGAUCCGUUUUCACCAUUCACUGAUUCAUCAACCAUUGACAUCCUCCAAGCUUUCCAAGAACACAAUUACAACUAUACCCCUUUACUACCAUCAUCACCACCAUCACCACCACCUUUGACCACCCAAGAAAAUCUUGACACCCCAUUCGAGGAAAUUGACCAAAUUGCCCCCGCCAUCUUCUCUUCCUCCCCACCAAGCCACCAGCUUCAAAACCUCUCUCUUUACCAAAUGGGUAUUUCUGUAACUUCUUCAAACGAGGCUCUUGACUCUUGCCAUUUGGAUGUCAAAACAGAAGAAAGUCAACUACCCUUGUAUGAUAAUUACUACUACGGUGGGUCUGACCAUGCAUUGAAGAUGAUGCAGAGGAGUUAUAGCAGCAAUUCUUUCCAACAAGAGAAACCAAAUGGUGUUCUUUAUGAACCAAAAAUUAACGGCUUGAUUGAAUCCCAAAAUCUUCAAGCCCAAACCCUUACCUCACCUGAUCAAAGCUUCUCAUAUUCCCAUAUGAGAAGGGUUUGCAGUACUGGUGAUUUACAAAGUCCAAAGAUCAAGCAAACAAGUCAAAGGCUGUCUUCUAGUCCAUUGGCCACAGAAAGUUCAUUCAUGGAGGAAGCAAAUUUUAAGGUCGGGCGUUACAAUGCAGAGGAAAGGAAAGAGAAGAUCUUGAGGUAUAGAGCAAAGAGGACACAACGGAAUUUCAACAAGACAAUUAAGUAUGCAUGCCGGAAGACACUUGCCGACAACCGACCACGAAUACGUGGUAGAUUUGCACGCAAUGACGAGCCUGGAGAGAUUCAAAGGACUGCAAUUUUUCAUCGAUAUGGAGAUGAAGAGGAAUUUUGGAUGGAUGGAUUUCAUGAAGACGAUGAUGAAAGAUUGAUUGGUCGAGGACAAUUUUUCAAUACUUAUUCAUCCACUAGUCAGUUUCAACAUCAAAGAUUCAACUUUAUUCAUAAUUGAAUACAAAUUUACUACUCGUUAUUCAUGUCUUUUUAUUUUGAAAUUUGGUACGAUGGUUAAACUUAACCAUUUAAAGUGAUCUAUGUAAUAGGUUUUAUUUAAGUUAAUAAGCAAAAAAUGAUCAUGCUCUCGGUUUUAGGGAU